AGAACGACUCGAUAUUGCAAUUCCUCGAUUCUGACUCUUACGACAAUCACCUCCCAGGAUCUGUUGCCAGCGACAAUGAACAUAUUCGAGACGGAAGUCAUCAUUUGUGGCAGUGGCUCCGCAGGCAUAUGCGCUGCCAUAUGGCUUGCGCAAGCAGGCAUCACUUUCCGCUUCCUCGAGAAGAAUGAGGGACCAUUAAUGAUCGGGCAAGCUGACGGAGUCGCGUGCCGCACCGUAGAGAUAUUCGAAAGCUUGAAUAUCUCCGAAGAGUUGCUGCGUGAAGCAUACCAUGUUACCGAGCUGACAUUCUGGAGCAUGCGCGGUAAUAGGCUCGAACGAACAGGGCGAGCACCUGAUACACCUCCGGGCCUGUCCCAUCUUCCCCACGUCAUCCUCAACCAAGCCAGAAUCAAUGAAUUGCUGCUCGACAAGAUGUACAGCUUCAACUCAAACCAGCACAUCGACUAUGCCCACCAUGUCAAGACAACCAGGAUCGGUAUGGUGAAGGACUAUCCAGUCGAAGUUAUUGCCGAGCAUCGCGGUCAGGAAAGGAUCUUCCGAGCGAAGUACGUGCUGGCAUGCGAUGGAGCCCACAGCAGUGUGCGUCGAUCGCUCGGCUACAAGAUGCUUGGUGAUUCGUCGAACGCGAUCUGGGGCGUGAUGGAUAUUUUUCCAAAAACAAAUUUUCCUGACAUCCGGAAAAAGGCGACCAUUCACUCGAACAGUGGUUCUAUCAUCAUCAUCCCUAGAGAGGGAGGAUAUAUGGUGCGGUUUUAUGUUCAGAUGCCAGCAGGAACAGAUGCAAAGCAAGUGUCCCUUGCGGGACUGCACCAGCGUGCCGCAUCGAUCCUAGAGGGCUAUGAUUUCGAGGUACAACACACUUUUUGGUGGUCUGCGUAUUCAAUCGGCCAACGACUUGCCGAAAACUUUAGUGCAUAUGAUCGUGUGUUUCUAGCAGGAGACGCAUGCCACACCCAUUCACCAAAGGCGGGUCAAGGAAUGAAUGUCAGCUUGCAGGACGGCUACAACAUUGGAUGGAAGCUUGCUUAUAUCCUUCGUGGUAAGCUCCGACCUGAGGUUCUGGACACCUACGUGUCCGAACGUUCGACGGUAGCUGCCGAUCUCAUCGCCUUCGACCGGUCACUUACCCAGCUGUACACCACAACACAGGCAAAAAGUGCGGCAGAGAAUUUUCAAGACCAUUUCUUGCGGAGUGCGAAAUACAUGGCUGGUCUCAACACUCGAUAUGGAGAGUCUCUUCUCAUCGAUAUGAAGAACAGUGAUCAUCAUUCUGCCAGGAACGUGCACGUCGGCAUGCGCUUCCCGAGUGCCCAGGUCAUUCGUCUGUCUGACGCAAGACCUCUAGAAUUCGCCAAAACAUUGAAGUCUGAUGGCCGAUGGCGGAUCGCUAUCUUUAUCGGCGACAUAACGAAGCAGGUCGGCGCAGACAGACUGAGAAAUGUCACCAACUACUUGAGCUCUGUCAAGGGUCCAUCUAUGGAAUAUGCUACACCUGGACGAGAUUCCGAUUUUGGCGUCGAGCUGCUUCUU